UAGUACACAGCGUUGUACGAGAUCUUCAGUUUCUUGGCAAUUUCUCACAUGGAAUAGCCUUCAUUUCUCAGAACAAGAGUAGACUGAUGAGUUUCAGAAGAAAGUUAUUUGUUUCUGGACAUUUUGAGCCUGUAAUCAAACCCACAAAUGCUGAUGCUCCAGAUAUUAAACUAGUCUAAAGAAGGCCAGUUUUAUUGCUUCUUUAAUGAGCACAACAGGUUUCAGCUGUGCUAACAUAAUUGCAAAAUGGUUUUCUACUGAUCAAUUGGCAUUUUAAAAGGAUAAACUUGGAUUAGCUAACACAACGUGCCAUUGGAACACAGGAGUGAUGGUUGCUGAUAAUGGGCCUCUAUAUGCCUGUAGAUAUGUAGAUAUUCCAUAAAAAAUCUGCCGUUUCCAGCUACAAUAGUCAUUUACAACAUUAACAAUGUCUACACUGUAUUUCUGAUCAAUUAGAUGUUAUUUUAAUGGACAAAAAAUGUGCUUUUCUUUCAAAAACAAGGACAUUUCUAAGUGACCCCAAACUUUUGAACUGUAGUGUAUGUGACAUGAUAAUACAUAUGCCAACAUUUUAUCAGGAAUUCUUUGAAAAGAAAAAAAUGCAGAGAAAGAUGAAAACCUUAGGAAUACCAACCUCUCCUAAAGGAGCCAGUUCUGGAAGUAUGGACCUAGUGACUUUAUUCAUAGUAAACCAGAUUGCUGCAAAGAAAGAAAACAAUGAUCAGCCAAAGAUAACUCACAUCACUGAUGAUAAAGGAGGACCCAAGUCGAUGAGGGAGGGGCCCCUGGAGUUACCCAUGAGCCCUUGCUCCCCAUCACGGCUUUCCCUUGUGGAGAGCCAGCCUUUGUACAGUGUCCAGACUGCUAGAAAGAGAAAGCACUGCAUUCCUGAUGGAUUCAAGUGUAGACAGCUCUCACCAGUGCUGGAGUCGAACAUGUCAGACACCAGUACGUCAGACUACCAGCAACGCAUCCAGGACACCCUGAGCCCCUUCUGCUCGGCAUCGUCGUCAGUCUCCUCCUCAGGGGCAGGCCUGUUCUCCCUCCAGCACAUAGCACAGGUCAAGCCACAGCUACACUGCUCCCCUAGAACCCCAUGGGAUACCUCCACCUCAGAGCAACUACAGUUUAGACCUUUCUCUCAGCCAGGAGGGAGGAGAGAGUGUUCCCCGUGGGCCACAGGACCAAGUGGACCCAAACAGCAGCUGAACAUGACCCCCACUGUGUCCAGAGUACUGUUUGGAGGCACAGAGCCUGACACAGACACCAGAGACCAUAUCAUGCACGCAGUGGGGUUCUCUAUCAACCAAUCGGAGGGCAAAGACCACACCUUGGAGUUCUCUCUCAAAGAUCAGACAAUGAAGUUCUCUCUCAACCAAAUAGAGAGUGAAGAGCAACACGAGAAAACACUCUUCAGGGCCUGCAGUAAUGAGGAAUAUGGAAGUGAAGCUAAUUUUAAGAAGGGGAUGUCUAAGAUAUAUCUCAAGGAGGAAGUACCAACGUCUUCCAGAGAUGUGAAUGAAUCACAGAGCCAAGACCCUGAACCUGAUUUUCUGACUCAGGUUUCCAACUGCACUGAUGUCAGUUCAUCUUGUCCUGGAAACACUCAUCAUGGUCCUAAGGAAUUCUGCGAAUCAUCGCCCAGUUACUCUCCAAGAGGAGGUUACUUUAGUUCAGACUCUGAUGAUGACGAGGUGGAGGAUUAUCACCAGUGUCACCAGGGUGGAUCCUCACAGUCACACACAGUGAGGUCCUGUAGUGAAGAGUUCCCUAUCCUCAGCCAAGGUUCAUCACAUUGGAACACACAACAACUGGGUCACCCUCAGUCUCAACCCAGACCUUACACCCCACCCAUUAGGCCUCAAUGCACAGGGAACUGUGGAAACGACCAGAGAGCUUUGGAGAGCUCCGGCUACACUGAGAGACGGUCAGGCUGUACAGUUACAGAUGACAGUAACGGCCAGGUUAGGGUUAUAAGUGAUCAGUAUGUCCCAUCUUGUCCUCUGUCUGAAUCACAGUGCUCUGAGAUUCACCAACAAAAGAUGGAAGCCACUGGAACACGAGAAACACAAACACGAGAAAUGGGAACACAGACUGUCACCACCAUCACCUCGAAAUGUCCAACAUCGGACAUUUCAACUCAGUGCAGUUUUGGACUGGAGUGUAAAGAGAACAACCUCAUGGACUCUGAAUCCCACAAGUCUGCUUACAAUGUAAUACCGACCCCAACUACCAGAGGGCAGUCAAGUCACAGAGAUGAGUCUAUGAGACAACAGACACACAGAGCAUUAUCAGACAGAUCCAGGAAGGAGGGAGAAGAGCAAACGCCAUGGAGAAAAUCAACAGCCAGAGAGCUCAAGGCUGGAACUGGGCACCAUCCAUCAAUCAUCCCUUCUAACAAGUGUCGUAACACUAACACUGAGAGUAGAGUGUUUAUUCAGAGACCCACUACCUCUAUACUAGACGUUCUCACCACCAAUGAUGUAAAAGACUUGAGAGAUGAGCAGCUGCAGCAUAGAGAACAGGAAGAUGAAAGAGAGGUCCUGGAACCUGUUGAGAAUGUUCCUCUUAGAGAAGACCUUCCAGAUGACAAAGAGGAGAAACGGAGAGGGAGUGCAGAGGAGAGGGAGGAGGUCACUGCUGAGAGCGGAGUUAACAGGCUUUCAGAGGAGGUUGAGACACUUCAGGAAAUAGCAGACAUUCUGCUCAUGCUGAAGCAGAGGAAAAAAGAUUAGAGGUGGGAAGGACAGGAGAGGAGAGUAUCCCUUUAAGAGUUGUGGACAAUACUAUCAACUACAUCCCAUUACUACAGAAUCUGUUUCUGCAUAUUUAAAGGUUUAUAACAAUGCCCUUGGGAUUCUACAUUAAAACGAAAGCCAGACAUUGCAAGAUAAUUAGUUUAUUUUUUCCCAAUACAUAUUUAAGUGUUCUAGAUUCUCAUGAAUAUAUUUACUUUGAUAGAAUAUAAAUUCUAGCAAAACAUUUACAGCAACAAUAAUCAAAUGUAUACUAUACAGCACUGGAUGCAUUUUUUUUUAAAUUCUUCACUAGUUCUUCUUCAUAAUCUAGAAUAGAAACAAUGCAUUUAAUUUGUUUUCACAUAGAAACAAUUGCACCCGUUCACCAUAAACACAUUGGAUGUCCCCAUUUAGGAAUUAAAGCAAAGAAGGCAAUAUAAUAAUAACACAAUGGGUUGUCAAGGGGUUGUUGAGCAUUUUUCAUAAAAUCACAAAACAUCAAAUAACUUGUUUGACACUAUCUCAAGUUUGUUACAUGACGGCAAUGUUGUCACCUUUGUGAAGGGGCUGUGCAAUAAAGUGUUUUCUCUAUAAAACACUGUGAUAAUAAAAUAAAAAAGACAUAUCUUCCAGUGAACCUCCAGUUUAGACUACCUC